AUCGCGAGGCGCAGCGCCCCGUCCCUCAGAGGCCGCCGCAGCCGCCGCUUUCCCGCCCUCCGGCCGCGGCUCCGAACCGAGACCCCCGAGACCCUCCCGGGACACCCGGGACCCUCCCGGCCCCACCAUGGGCUUCCUGAAGCUCAUCGAGAUCGAGAACUUCAAGUCCUACAAGGGCCGGCAGAUCAUCGGGCCCUUCCGCCGCUUCACCGCCAUCAUCGGCCCCAAUGGCUCCGGUAAAUCCAACCUGAUGGACGCCAUCAGCUUCGUGCUGGGGGAGAAGACGAGCAACCUGCGGGUGAAGACGCUGCGGGACCUGAUCCACGGCGCGCCCGUGGGCAAGCCCGCGGCCAGCCGCGCCCUGGUCAGCAUGGUGUACUCGGAGGAGGGGCAGGAGGACCGCACCUUCGCCCGCCUCAUCGUGGGCAGCUCCUCUGAGUACAAGAUCAACAACCGGGUGGUGCAGCUGAGCGAGUACAGCGAGGAGCUGGAGAAGCUGGGGAUCCUCAUCAAGGCCAGGAACUUCCUGGUCUUCCAGGGAGCAGUGGAGUCCAUCGCCAUGAAGAACCCCAAGGAGCGCACGGCCCUGUUUGAGGAGAUCAGCCGCUCGGGGGAGCUGGCCCCCGAGUACGACAAGCGCAAGAAGGAGAUGGUGAAGGCCGAGGAGGACACGCAGUUCAACUAUCACCGCAAGAAGAACAUCGCGGCCGAGCGCAAGGAGGCCAAGCAGGAGAAGGAGGAGGCCGAUCGCUACCAGCGCCUGAAGGACGAGGUGGUUCGGGCCCAGGUGCAGCUGCAGCUCUUCAAACUGUUCCACAACGAGGCCGAGAUCGAGAAGCUCAACAAGGAGCUGGGGCUGAAGAACCGCGAGAUCGACAAGGACAAGAAGAGGAUGGACAGGGUGGAGGACGAGCUCAAGGACCGCAAGAAGGAGCUGGGCAAGAUGAUGAGGGAGCAGCAGCAGAUCGAGAAGGAGAUCAAGGAGAAGGACUCGGAGCUGAACCAGAAGCGGCCCCAGUACAUCAAGGCCAAGGAGAACACGUCGCACAAGAUCAAGAAGCUGGAGGCGGCGCGCAAGUCGCUGCAGAACGCCCAGAAGCAGUACAAGAAACGCAAGGCAGACAUGGACGAGCUGGAGAAGGAGAUGCUGUCCGUGGAGAAAUGCAGGCAGGAGUUCGAGGAGCGCAUGGAGGAGGAGAGCCAGAGCCAGGGCAGGGACCUCACCCUGGAGGAGAACCAGGUGAAGAAGUACCACCGGCUGAAGGAGGAGGCCAGCAAGCGCGCGGCCACGCUGGCCCAGGAGCUGGAGAAGUUCAACCGCGACCAAAAGGCCGACCAGGACCGGCUGGACCUGGAGGAGAGGAAGAAGGUGGAGACUGAGGCCAAGAUCAAGCAGAAGCUGCGGGAGAUCGAGGAGAACCAGAAGCGCAUCGAGAAGCUCGAGGAGUACAUCGCCACCAGCAAGCAGUCCCUGGAGGAGCAGAAGCGCCUGGAGGGCGAGCUGACCGAGGAGGUGGAGCUGGCCAAGCGCCGCAUCGACGAGAUCAACAAGGAGCUGAACCAGGUGAUGGAGCAGCUGGGGGACGCGCGCAUCGACCGGCAGGAGAGCAGCCGGCAGCAGCGCAAGGCCGAGAUCAUGGACAGCAUCAAGCGCCUCUACCCCGGAUCCGUGUAUGGCAGGCUGAUUGACCUGUGCCAGCCCACCCAGAAGAAGUACCAGAUCGCGGUGACCAAGGUGCUGGGGAAGAACAUGGACGCCAUCAUCGUGGACUCGGAGAAGACGGGCAGGGACUGCAUCCAGUACAUCAAGGAGCAGCGUGGGGAGCCCGAGACCUUCCUGCCCCUGGACUACCUGGAGGUGAAGCCCACUGACGAGAAGCUGCGGGAGCUGCGCGGGGCCAAGCUGGUGAUCGACGUGAUCCGCUACGAGCCGCCGCACAUCAAGAAGGCGCUGCAGUUCGCCUGCGGCAACGCGCUGGUGUGCGACAACGUGGAGGACGCGCGGCGCAUCGCCUUCGGGGGCCACCAGAGGCACAAGGUGAGGGGAAAACUGACACUGAAAUAUCCUGAAAACUGACACAGAAAUACCCUGAACCUGACUGAAACCGCCCCCAUCGCCUUCGGGGGCCACCAGAGGCACAAGGUGAGGGGAAAACACACUGAAACCAGCCUGAAAUACCCUGAAACUGACACAGAAAUAUCCCAAAAACUGAAGGAGCAGAUGAAGGCCAAGCGCAAGGAGGCCGAGCUGCGCCAGGUGCAGUCCCAGGCCCACGGGCUCCAGAUGCGCCUCAAGUACUCCCAGAGCGACCUGGAGCAGACCAAGACCCGGCACCUGGCACUGAACCUGCAGGAGAAGUCCAAGCUGGAGAGUGAACUGGCCAAUUUUGGGCCCCGGAUCAACGACAUCAAACGGAUCAUCCAGGGCAGGGAGAGGGAGAUGAAGGAUCUGAAGGAGAAAAUGAACCAGGUGGAGGACGAGGUGUUCGAGGAGUUCUGCCGCGAGAUCGGCGUCAGGAACAUCCGAGAGUUCGAGGAGGAGAAGGUGAAGAGGCAGAACGAGAUCGCCAAGAAGAGGCUGGAGUUCGAGAACCAGAAGACCCGGCUGGGGAUCCAGCUGGACUUCGAGAGGAACCAGCUGAGGGAGGACCAGGAGAAGGUGCUGAUGUGGGAGCAGGGAGUGCGCAAGGACGAGGCCGAGAUCGAGAAACUCAAAAAGGAGGAGCAGCGGCACAUGAAGAUCAUCGACGAGACGAUGGCGCAGCUGCAGGACCUCAAGAACCAGCACCUGGCCAAGAAGUCGGAGGUGAACGACAAAAACCACGAGAUGGACGAGAUCCGCAAGAAGCUGGGCGGGGCCAACAAGGAGAUGACCCACCUGCAGAAGGAGGUGACGGCCAUCGAGACCAAGCUGGAGCAGAAGCGCAGCGACCGCCACAACCUGCUGCAGGCCUGCAAGAUGCAGGACAUCCGGCUGCCGCUGGCCCGGGGCUCCAUGGACGACAUCAGCCAGGAGGAGGGCGGUGGCACUGGGGAGGACCCUGCUGGCAGCUCCCAGCGCAGCUCCAGCCUGUACGCGCGCGAGGCGCUGAUCGAGAUCGACUACAGCGACCUGCCCGAGGAGCUCAAGGACGCACAGGCAGAGGAGGAGAUCCGCCAGGAGAUGUCGGCGCUGCAGCAGCGCCUGACGGAGCAGCAGAGCGUCCUGCAGCGCAUCGCAGCGCCCAACAUGAAAGCCAUGGAGAAACUGGAGAGCGUCAGGGACAAGUUCCAGGAGACCUCCGACGAGUUCGAGGCCGCCCGCAAGCGCGCCAAGAAGGCCAAGCAGGCGUUUGAGCAGAUGAAGAAGGAGCGAUUCGACCGCUUCAACUCCUGCUUCGAGGCCGUGGCCACCAACAUCGACGAGAUCUACAAAGCGCUGUCCCGCAACAGCAGCGCCCAGGCGUUUUUGGGCCCCGAGAACCCCGAGGAGCCGUACCUGGACGGGAUCAAUUACAACUGCGUCGCCCCCGGGAAGCGCUUCCGGCCCAUGGACAACCUGUCGGGGGGAGAGAAAACCGUGGCUGCGCUGGCGCUGCUCUUCGCCAUCCACAGUUACAAGCCCGCUCCGUUCUUCGUGCUGGACGAGAUCGACGCCGCGCUGGACAACACCAACAUCGGCAAGGUGGCCAAUUACAUCAAGGAGCAGUCGGCCUCCAACUUCCAGGCCAUCGUCAUCUCCCUCAAGGAGGAGUUUUACACCAAGGCCCAGAGCCUGAUCGGCGUCUACCCCGAGCAAGGCGAUUGCGUCAUCAGCAAGGUGCUGACCUUUGACCUCACCAAGUACCCGGACACCAACCCCACCCCCAGCGAGCAGUGACCCCAAAACACCGGGGGGACCCCAAAAUAACCGGGGGGACCCCAAAACACCCGGGGGGACCC